AUGGCUGCCGAACACACUUUUUCUGCCGGUGACAGUAUAAUUCAAGAGGAGCUGGAGGUCCUGGAGUCUAUAUACAUUGAUGAACUUGAAGUGGACAAUAAUGACAACGGUCAUCCAUCAAGUAUCACCGUUCAGCUACACCCAUCUACAGGCGAGGAUGUGCAUAAGAAGUUUGUCUGUAUGACACUGACACUCAAUGUGCCUGUCGGGUAUCCGAAUGAGCUACCGGAGAUUCUUAUCAGGAACCCCCGAGGGGUGGGUGAAGAGGAGUUAGAGAGCUUACAUGAAGCCAUCAAUGAGCUGGCAGAGGAGAGAAGAGGAGGACAUAUGUUAUAUGAUAUUAUAGAGCUGGCCAAGGAAAGUCUGACGGAAGGAAAUGUACCCCACUGUCCAUGUACAAUAUGUUUGGACCACUUUUCUAAGGGGGAGGAGUUUACACGUACCGGUUGUUACCACUACUUUCAUCAACACUGUCUGUACCGAUAUGUUACACACACCCUUGAGAGCCUGAAGAGUGAGGCACAUCAGCGCCCCAAACAUGACGAGCUAGGACAGGAAGACCGUGUCAAGGUAUUUUGUCCAGUGUGUAGGGAGAUCAUGAAUUAUGACCUUGACCUUCUGUCCAUGAGUAAACGUCAGACCACAGAAGAUGAUCACCAGUUAUACAAACCAUCAGCUGAGAUCUGUAAAUGGCAAGUUGAAAUGGCAGACAUUUUGAAAUCUCAAAAACAGAAAGGUGGAAUCAUUGACCUAGAGGCAGAGAAAAACAAAUUUCUGGUUACAGCAGAGGACACUGUAAAACUGCCAUGGCAAGGAACAAGCUCUGAGCUGGAUAACUUAGCGAAGUCAAGUACAAAUUCUAAGGAGAGCAGGCAGGCAGUAGACAUCAAACCAAUUACGGUUGAAGGUAAAAGUCGAAGUGCAGGACUGCACGGUUCGAACAGAGAGAGAACAAACAGACAAGAUCACCCAAGGCCGAGCUCUGGACAUACGGACAGACAUCAACGGUACAGAGGUCAUAGGAACAAUGGCCGGGAUGGACAUCGGUCAAAUGCUGGGAGGAAUAGAGGUGGACAUAAAGUCAAUCGAAGUUACCACACAGGUCAGGUUGAUGAGAGGGAAAGGAAAGCAGACUAUGAUAAGGAAAAACGGUCCUUAGGUAGAUCUGUCCAAACAGAUGCUACUAGAUCUGAUCGGACAGAUGUUAGUAGUGGAAAUGUUUCUCCACAACAUAAGGAACACAAGGCUGUAAAUGAAAGGUGUGAAACUGCUUCUAAAACGGAAAUUGAAAGUCAAUUUAGGACUGUUAACAGAGGUUCUGCAGCAGAUGAUGAUCCCAAAACAAACAAGACCAAUGGGGAUAAAAGUGCAAUAACUAAAGACAUAGAACAGGACAGUGCAGGUCAAGGUCAGGAAGACCGUGACAAAAGUAGCAUUAUUUCUCCCAAAGAAAGUGUGGAAAAACAGACAGAAAGAGUCAGUAUAGAUUCUGAUAAAAGUUUUCAAAGGAAAGGAUUUCCUGCGUCAGGAGGUAAAAUUAGUGCUAGGUCUUCUAACAAAACAAACUAUAGGGGAAGUGAAAGUAAAAAUUCUGAAUAUGAAAACAGAAAUUAUUAUAAGGGUAAAAAUGAUGACAGGGAAAGGGAACAUUCUAGUCGUGGAAGAGGUCAGGGUCGUACUGAGAGAGGUCAUGGACGUGGAUCAAGGCGAAGUGCCAACCAGGAAGCUGUUAAAAGUAAACCUGAACUGGAGAAAAAUAAUACUGAUCCACAGGAAAAAGGUGAUAUUGGAAACACUUCGUUGUCACGUUCUGACGAAGCAUGUGAUUUGAGUGAAGUAGAUUCACACGGAUCUAAUUCUACCUACAAAGGAAAAGUUUCCAAAGAACUAGGUUUCCAACGCCCUAACUCUGGCUACAAAGGGAGAAAUCAGGGUUUCGGGAGACCUAGCAACAGGACACAAUAUCAUUAUGACUCAUAUUCUAAGCAUGGACAUAGUGAACGAAGAGAGGUCAGUAGCAAAAAUGACAAAGGGGAGGUCAAUGGCAAAUUUGACAUAAAAGGGGUCAAUGGCAAAAGUAACAGUGGACAGGUCUCUUAUGAUCACACUCGUACAAGACAAGAUGAGUCGGCAGGUACAAACAAAAGCAGUGUAAAACCAGGAGGUAAACACAACUCGGAGACACAGAACUCAAAAAGUGACAGCUUUGGGGGUAAACCAGAAAAGUACAAUGACAGAUUUGUUCAGGAUCAUAAACAUUGGAACAAAGAUAAAGAAAUUUGUGUGUGUAAAGGUAGAAGUGAUACUAACACAAAGGACGCUGUUAUUACUGGUAAGGAAAGGACUAGUCAGCCAAGCUGUGGGGUGAAACGCCCACCACCAGGCUUUACUCUGGUCCAAAAAAUGAAUAAUGAUGUCAAAAUUCCUCCUGGGUUUGAGAAAUCAGGAAUUUCUGGCUAAUCUUAAAGAGUUGGUUUAUUUAGUACAACGUGAAUGUAUGACUGUCUUGAUUAGAGUGCUCUCUAAUCAAUCAAAUGUUAUAUUUAUUAUAAUUAUUGAACAUGAUUUAUAGUGAUCAUAAUUUGUAUAUACCGUAUAGUUCGGUAUUAGAUUUACACCAUUCAAGGUAUUGCAUUCAAAAGAUAUAAAAUAUAUGACAUUUUGCAGAUAUUUCCAUGGACAUCAACUUCUCAAACAUACCGGUUUAUCUUGAUGUUCUGUAUAAAAUAAUGGUGAUGCUCUACUGAACUAUCCUUAUUAGGGCCCCGUAUCAGAGAUACGGGUGCCCUAUAGUAAUCUGUCUGUCUGUCUGUCUGUCGGUCGGUCCACAAAUUCUGUUCCAGGCUGAUAACUUUGGUAUUUAUUGACCGAUGUACAUGAAACAUGGUCAAGAUGUCCAGUUUACAAAAAUACACAUU